AUGAAAUUAAAUAAUUCAUUUUUUUUUAUGUCGGUAAUAUUUGUAUUUUUAAUAAUAAUACAAUUUUCAACUGCAACAUAUUCAAAAUCAGAAAUUGAAUAUUAUAAAAGAUUUGGAUAUAAUUUGGAAACUGGAGAAUAUACUCGGUCUUCACCACACCAACACCAACAACAAUAUCAACAACAACCACAAUCACGUCAACGUAAUAGACACAAUAGUCGUUAUGGUAGUGAAAGAAGAUCAAGACAAAAUCCAUAUAAUGAAGAUUAUUAUUCCAAUCAAAAUUAUUACCAACAAACUUCAAAUGAUUUGGAUGAAACGGCACCAGUUUAUAAACAAGGUGUUUCAAUUCCAAAAAAUAUCAAUGUUGGAAUUAGUAUUGAUGAGGUAACACCAAAUGUCAUAGUUGAAACUAAUAAACCUACCUUUUCACAAUCGUUAACUAAACCAACUGAAAAACCAACUUUACCACUAAAACCAUCAAUUGAACCAACUUUACCAACAACAAGAAAACCUGUUGAACCAGAACCUAAAAAGACUCUUCCCCCAACAACUCAACCACCAGAAACUAUUUCACCAAAAUCUCAAACUACUCCAGCAAUUACCCAACAUCAAAUAUCAACACCAUCUCCAUCCCAACAAUCUCAUCAUUUCUUUUAUGGUGAUGGUAGACCAGCAGGUGCUGGUACUGAUGAUAAAGAAGAAGAAGAAACUAAAACACCAACUCGUACUCAUAAACCAAUAAAUAUUGAUGAUGAUGAUGAUGAUGACGAAACAAAAAAACCAACUAGAUUAAAUAAUAAUGAUAAUAAUAAAAAUAAUAAUCAUAGAAAUAAUAACAAUAAUAAAGAUGAUGAUGAUGAAGAUGAAGAUGAAGAUGAAAAUAAAAAUAAGAAUAAGAAUAAAGGAAAACCAAAUAUUGAUGACGAAGACAAUGAUGAAGAUGAUGAUGAACCAGAAGAAACUGAAGAACCAACAAUUACAGGUUCUAUUGAAGAAGCUAAAACACCAGAUCCAAAUCUUAUUGAAGGAUAUUCUAGUGAAAGUGAUCCUAGUGGGAGUCAAUCAACCCAUGAAGAUAAUUUAAUAGCUACUCAAUCAAAUUCAAGUGGUAAAAUUUCAAUAACCUUUUUUUCUUUUAUUAUCUUUUCUUUUACAAUUGUUUUUUUUUUAAUUUAA